UCGAGGCUUGACGUAGACCUUGAUUUGAAGGAUAGCCUCGGCAGGACGCCCCUCUCGCUCGCAACCAUGAAUGGGAAUACAGGAAUUACUCGAUUACUGUUAGUCAGACAAGACAUGGAUCCGAAUUCGAAGGACUUAACAGGCAGGACGUCCCUCUCACUUGCGGCCGAAGAGGGUCAUUCAGAGGUUGUUCAGCUGCUAUUAGCAAGGCAUGGCAUUAACAUCGACUCCAAAGACGCAUACGGCCAGACACCUCUGUGGCUAGCAGCUAGACAUGGCCAUGCAAAAACAGUGGAGUGCUUGCUGGCGUUCAGAAAUAUCGAUGUAAACGUGAUCCCGAUGCACAGCUAUAUACCACCUUUAUGGGCUGCGGCGUGUCGAUAUUUGGACCAUGAGAAUGACAUUCUGGCUCAGGGUUCCUUCAUACAUCCAGGUUGUAGUAGGAGUGGCUGUCAUAGUAUCACGAAACA